AGUGCCAAAUCGGGUCUAACAUAGUAUUUUCUCGGAAAUAAAACAGGUUUUCACUUUUCACAGCAGUUGCACUUAAUCACACGCUAUAAGCAAAAUCUGAAUAUUCAAUUGAAGUAAACGAUGCAAAGCUGGACUUAAUACUAUUAAAAUGUCAAAUAAACAAAAACUCGAGAUUUGAUUGCGUAACUAUACAGAGAGAGAUUCCAAAAGAUGAAAACAGUUUCCGAUUGGAUCCAUUCAUCUCCGAAUGAACAAAUCAACACUUACCAACAAUGGUUCAUCUCGGCAGAUUCAGAUGGUGAUGGCCGUGUCAGUGGAAAUGAUGCUACUAAAUUCUUCGCUCUCUCCAACUUGUCUCGUCCUCAACUCAAACAGGUUUGGGCUAUCGCGGAUACCAAACGACAAGGUUUUUUAGGUUUUGAAGAGUUUGUUACUGCAAUGCAGCUCAUUUCUGUGGGACAGGCAGGGUAUGAUCUUAACUCAGAUAUCCUUAAAACUCAAAUUGACAAUGAAAAGAUCAGACCUCCAGUAAUGGAAGGAAUUGAGGCAUUAGUAGUAAAUAAAGAGAGUUCGAAAAUAAAUGCCCAACAUGAUUUAUUUGGUACUGUUCAGUCUCGGCCUUUUCCACCAAGUGCUUCAAAAUCUAUAAAGAAGUUACCUCUCAGUGCAGUGACAUCAAUAAUAGAUGGCUUGAAGAAAUUGUAUGUGGAGCGGCUAAAACCGUUGGAGGUUACUUAUCGAUUCAAUGAUUUUGUAUCUCCAGUAUUGACCGACAGCGAUUUUGAUGCUAAACCAAUGGUCAUGCUUCUUGGUCAAUAUUCCACAGGGAAAACAACAUUUAUAAAACAUUUGCUAAGAUGUGAAUAUCCAGGGGCACACAUUGGACCAGAGCCUACCACUGACAGAUUUGUUGCUGUCAUGUCUGGAACUGAUGAGAGGAGCAUUCCUGGAAAUACUGUAGCAGUCGAUGCUAGCAUGCCUUUUAGUGGCCUGACAAGUUUUGGCAGUUCAUUUUUGUCAAAGUUUCAAUGCUCUCAAAUGCCACAUCCACUGCUAGAUGAAAUAACAUUUGUGGACACCCCUGGUGUCCUCUCUGGAGAAAAGCAAAGGACUCAACGAAGUUAUGAUUUCACUGGUGUUAUAUCAUGGUUUGCUGCAAAAUGUGAUUUGAUUCUUCUCCUAUUUGAUCCUCACAAACUUGACAUCAGUGAUGAAUUUAAACGAGUGAUUGGCUCCCUGCGUGGUCAUGACGACAAAAUACGAGUGGUUUUGAACAAGGCGGAUCAAAUUGAUACUCAACAACUCAUGAGAGUUUAUGGAGCACUGAUGUGGUCUUUGGGAAAAGUUCUGAAUACUCCAGAGGUUGUACGUGUAUAUAUUGGCUCAUUCAAUGAUAAGCCUAUAAAUGAAGGCUUUGUCGGCCCAUUAGGACAGGAACUUUUUGAGAAGGAACAAAAUGACCUCCUCUCAGAUUUGGUAGAUAUUCCAAGAAAGGCGUGCGACGGUCGGAUCAAUGAAUUUGUCAAACGUGCCAGAUCUGCUAAAAUCCAUGCCUAUAUAAUUAGUCAUCUUAAGAUGGAGAUGCCUGCAAUGAUGGGCAAAGCUAAGGUGCAACAAAGGCUAAUAGAUAACCUUGAAGAUGAAUUUAGAAAGGUUCAAAGGGAGUUUCAUCUGCCAGCUGGUGAUUUUCCUAAUGUAGAUCACUUCAGAGACGUUUUGAGUAGUUAUAGUAUCGACAAAUUUGAUAAAUUGAAGCCUAAAAUGAUUCAAGCCGUAGAUGACAUGCUUGGUUAUGAAAUACCAGAGCUGUUAAAGAAAUUUAGAAAUCCUUAUGAUUAAGUUGAAAGAUGUUUAAGCUUGUUGUUGAUUUUGUCAUGAAUGUUUCUGACUGAGAUUUUGAUGUUUAGGUUUUUCUGAAAUAACGGAAAUAUUUUUUAUGUAUGUGUUGAAUGUCUAAUGUCUACAACCUUUACAGUCCAGUCUAUGGCAUAAGAUUGUAGAGAGUAUUAGCGGCUGGUUUUGACAAUUGCCACUCUAUUUUGUUUGCAUGUGAAGGUUACUCACUAUCCCAUUUACGAUUUGUAGUGCACUCCUGAAUGGGAGUGGGACGACAAAAGGUGCUCUUGUAAACUUGCUUUGCAAUUAUAUCUAGACAAGACACAUAUGUUUAUGACUUUAUGUACA